AUGGACCUGCUGCUGCUGAUCCUGCUGAGCUUCGCCGCCGCUCUCCUCGGAGGACUUUACCUCCUCGGCGCCUUUCGACAGCAGCGUCCCGGAGAACCUCCUCUGGAUAAAGGCCCCAUCCCCUGGCUCGGACAUGUUCUGGAGUGUCGCAGAAAUACGCACAAGUUCCUGGAGAGGAUGAGGAAGAAACACGGUGAUGUGUUCACCAUCCAGCUGGGAGGGUUUUAUUUCACAUUCCUGCAGGACCCGCUGUCAUUUGGAGUCUUCGCUCAAGAGAGCCGAGAGAAACUGGACUAUGUCAAGUUUGCCAAGCAGAUGGUACGGCAAGUCUUUAGUUUCAGUGAUAUCAGUGACGAUCUCAAAAGCCUGCAGGUGGCCAGCACCAAACACCUGAAGGGAGAAGGCCUGAAAGUGUUAAAUGAAGCUAUAUCAAGUAACCUUCAGAAUGUGAUGCUGCAUAAACUGGGCUCAGACUCUGAUCGCAUGAGCUGGAACGAGGAUAGUCUCAUCAUGUACAGCUACAAUGUGGUCUUCAGGGCGGGAUACUUGACUCUUUUUGGCAAUGAGCCACCGUCAGAGGGAGGAGAGGAAGAGGCCAAAGCGAAGGACCGAGUGGAGUCACAGGACUUGUUCUUCGAAUUCCGCAAAUAUAACCGGCUCGUCCCUGACUUAGCACGUGGCACAAGUUCCCUGAGUCAGCGGUGGGAGGCAGAGAGACUGAAGGCCCAUUUUUGGAAAGCUCUAUCAGUACAGAAGAUGAAGACCAAAGAGAACAUCAGCCGCUGGGUCUGGGACUUGAAGCAGGCUAAAGAGGAGAACGGUAUGGAAGAGUCAAUGAUUGACAGGUAUAUGUUUGUACUUCUGUGGGCCUCACAGACCAACACUGGGCCGACCUCCUUCUGGGUUCUCCUCUUCCUCAUGAAACACCCAGAUGCCAUGGCAGCAGUGAAGCAGGAGGUGGACGAUGUCCUGAGACAGUCUGGACAGAGUGUCCAGCCUGGUGGGCCCUUGGUAGACCUGACCAGUGAGAUGCUGUUGAAGACCCCGAUCCUGGACAGCAUUGUGAUGGAGACUCUGCGUCUCACUGUGGCACUGUUUUAUUUCCGUGACGUAAAGGAAGAUAUGACCGUAAAUAUGGCCGACGGACGCCAGUAUUCCAUCCGUAAGGGUGACAGGAUUUCUGUGUUUCCUUACAGCGCGCUUCAUAUUGACCCAGAGAUCCACCCGGACCCACAGUCCUUCAAAUACAACCGUUUCCUGAAUCCGGACGGCACCAGGAAAACUGACUUUUACAAAGGAGGGACCAAGUUGAAGUUUGCCACAAUGCCCUGGGGCGCUGGGGUGUCCAUGUGCCCCGGCCGAUUCUUUGCUGUCAACGAGCUCAAACAGUUUGCCUUCCUCAUGUUGGUGUACUUUGAGUUUGAGCUGAAGAAUCCUGAUGAGGAGAUUCCCCAGAUCGACCACGGACGGUUGGGCGCCGGAGCCAUGCAGCCAACCAGAGAUGUUCCAUUCAGAUACCGAUUCAGAUAUUAA